GACGCACACACUCCUGCUUCAGUCCCUCCAGCCACGCACACACUGACAGAGCUGCAGUGGGUUGUACAGUAGCUACAGCUGCCUGAGAUUUUAAAACUACUCCCCUAAAGUCUGGGAUCGGACGGUGAACGAGGGAGAAAGGAGAGUUAAAGACGAGACGAGACCUUUGUUUUGGUCAUUUUCUUACUGUUUAGCGGAGGACAGAAAUGAUGGAGGCCAAAUUGAGGAUUGCCCUUUGUGCGCUCUUGCUCAUUAACUUGGGAUCCGCUGAACAUAAUGAUGACCAUGCCGCUGCCUCCUCUGCUCCACAAAGUGCUCUUGUUGGCGAGGAGUCUCCUGAGGCUGCCGGCUCUGUGCUUGGUUCAAGCCUGGACCUCAUCCUUAAUGCCACUACUGCACCUUCACUGGAUGGCUCGGACACAAACACAAGUUCAAGAGGCACCCCCAGUUUGAACACAACUACAGAAGGGGAAACCAACUCUGUGACACCGGAACCAAAGACAAGUAAUGAUACCAACAUUGUCUCUCUCUCAGAGGCUGCCGUUGCUGAAAACAAUGGAAACCUAACAGAUCAAUCGACAUCUCAGCCUCCAAUUCCUCUUUCUGGGAGCCACGCCCCCCCCUCUCACGCCCCACCCUCUCACGCCCCCACCUCUCACGCCCCCACCUCUCACGCCACCCCUUCACCCACCACCGGCCCCACACACACAACUCACCCUACCAGUGUAGACACACCGACCACCCCGCAACCCACAACAGCUCACGCUGAACCUCCACUUCCUGACUCCGUUACACCAUCCAACCAGCCCACUCACAGCGCCACACACUCAUCUACUCCUGUCCCAACACCUGAGCCACUAAAGCCUGAAACCAUCACUACUGCUAUCAUCGCGCAAACCAGUUCAACACCCAACACCAGCUCCUCUCAAGUGCCCCCCAAUUCCGAGUCGCCGGCGCUCACGUCUCCACAAACGACUUCACAGUCCAACGAACAUCCCGAGACCUCCAGCGAAGCCCACCAAAAGCACACCAUCGACCCGCCUAGCAGCCCCACCGCCCAGGCCAAACCCCAUGCUGACACACCCUCCCAGCUCAACGUUGGGGGUGACCCGAUCAUGGUCCAUGACUCUCCCACAUUAGACCCCCUCCUGGCUGGCCUGGUGUCAGCCUUCAUCAUCACUGCUGUCAUCAUCACUCUGCUCCUCUUCCUCAAACUGCGCCGGAGAGACAACCGACCAGAGUUUCGCAGGCUGCAGGAUCUACCUAUGGACGAUAUGAUGGAGGACACACCGUUGUCCAUGUACAGCUACUGAUGAAGGCACGACUGACACAUUUUGGCGCCCAAAUACUCUCCUUGAAACCAGGCUCAUGCUGCAGCUGUGCCGCACCUGGCCUUCCUUACUUAAUCUGCACCAAACAGAAAGAAUCCUGGGUAGGUGUGAGCAAACUCCUGGAUUGCUUUCAUUUUUCUUGAUCACUGACAUGUAGGAAAAGAACAUGAUUGAAGCUGCAUUGGACAAUGAAGAUGUCGCCCGUGUUGAGGUCUUUAUGGCAAAACUUCUAUUUUGGUGCCUGUAAUUACAAAUUAGGCGUCUGUUUAAUAGUGAAUGCUUAAUAUUUUUUCAGCCCAUCUUUUGGGGUGAGGGAGUUGUAUAAUAUAUUUUGAUUUCCCCAGAGAGUAGGUGUAAAGCUGGAGGCAACAUCAUCUGUUGCAUCCAUCAUUUGGAUGGUUCACACCUGGACAGAUUCAGCCUGUCCUGCCACACUCUCACCUGAGGGCACUGGUCCAAGUUCCCUGUAAUCAGUUAGUUUAGAAAGUCUGGCAGAAAGAAAAGAAAGUCUGUCAGUCUUACUGAAAAGCCCGGGAAAAUAAAUGAACAUAGCAAAUGGCCUGAUUAUAGUGUUAAAAAAAAGUUGCACUUUACUUUUUCAGGAGUGGAAAAAAUGGACAAAUACGUUUGUGUGUGAGAAAGAUUGAGCUUUGUGUGCAUACGUAAGUGCGAGCAUAGCUGUGUGUAUGUGUGUGUCUGUAUAUGUGUGAGUCUGAAGGUGCACGUGUGGAUUUUUGAAGGCAUGGCGGGGAGAUAUUUAAGUGUUUUUUUCUUUUUUCAGUUUCUGUGUUGAAGGUCCUGCUGCCUUUUGGCCUGAUUUUGAUAUGUGCAGUGUGUGUUUUUUUUUGUUUCUUUCCUGGAGUCUUGUGUCCAGGAGAGAGUGCCUUACACAGUAUAGGAACAGCUCUUGUUGCAUACUGUAUUGAUAUUCAAACCAACUAACUUCCAGAUUUACCAGUCAUUCCCAGUGCUUGUAUGAUUCCCAUUUAAACUCACUCUCAGGGCCAGGUAGCUGCACUGACUCGCCUGUGUUUGAACACGAGCCUCCAGCGAGUUCAGCAUGAGGCACUCAUUCAUACAAUGACAGUUGCAGACUGAAAUUGGCCAGUGGCCUUACCACACAAUGUUAGCAUUGUCCUGUGCGUUGUAAAUACUACUGAUGAUUGCGUCAUGCAAAGACAACUUUACGAAACUCUUCAUCUUAGUUGCUGCUUUAGCAUUUCACCAGUCACAAACCUGACAGCACCUUGUUCUCGCAGCAGGCAAGUUCACACAUAUUCCAUUGAUUAAAACUUCAGCCUCGCUGUGUAUUUGCUUUGCAAAUGUCCAGGAAAUGAGACAAAACAAUCCACAUUGAUAUAAAUCAAUUGGAGCUAAUACUUUCCUUCCUUUCCUCUAUUUAAUGGUUGUGCCACGAAUAACUAAAGAAAAGAAAAAUCUACAUAAAAUGUCUUGGUAAAGCAUUGGGCCACCUAAAGAUAUUCCCUCAUUUAAUGUUUUGAACCCUUUCUGUGACCAGUCUGUACAUCCAGAUCUAAUUUACACACCUGAGAUUCCUGAUUAGUGUUAAAUGUGCUGAAUGCAUAAUGAGGCUUUGCUGCCAGAUGUGGAUUAUGAACUGUUGUUUUAUGAUUAAAGGUAUUUUGAAACCAG